AUGCCUCUCGGAGAUAGAGAAGGGGAUACUAGUAAGUCAUGUUUUUGUGGUGUAGAGACGGAGUUCACCAACGACUUGCAUCACGUCAUCGAUUUCAAUAUCAUUAAUGGAGGCUUUGAUCUCAUUGUUGCUCCUCUGAUGCAUCCUGCUUUUCGUCCAAGCGUAUUCCUAAGGCAUCCUGAACUUAAAGAUCAUCCUGGAUAUAAUUCAGUGCGGACUAUGCGAUUUGCUGGGUGCGACUCCACUGUAGACCCAACAGUUUGGAAAAAUGAUGUAGUGGGAAAAAUUAGCUCAUGGAUAGACUUGGAUUCAGAAAAUGAAACCCUUAGGAUGGAUUCUGAAACUGCUCUCAAACAUGAAAUAGAAUGGGCCUCUUAUCUUUCUUUACAGGCUUGUGUUCUUCCACCUCCUAAGGGAACUUCCUGGAUUAACUAUGCUAGGUGUGUGCAUCAAAUCUUACAAGGCCUAAAGAACAUGCAGUUGUGGCUUAGGAUUCCAUUUGGGAAGCCUGAUGAUGCCCCUAGUGCAAGCUCCAGAACUUUGAAUGAUUCUUGGAAAAUAUGGAAUUCGUUUCGUCUGCUCUGUGAGCAUCAUAGCCAAUUGUCGGUUGCACUUGAUAAUUUCAAAAUUCUGCCUUCAGAGAACUCACUAAAACGUUGGUAUGGGGAGCCUGUUGUUGCAGCAAUAUUAGAUACAGAUACCUUUAUAAAUAAGAAUCGUGGUAACGGCAAGUACCUCUCAAAGCGUCAUCAGAAGUUGAUUACUGAUUUCUUUGACCAUUCUAUACAGAUCAUUAUAUCUGGGAAACAUGUAGAAGAUCCUUUUGGUACUCAUUCUGUGGCAGAAUCAAAGGCACAUCCUUUACAGCCAUAUCUGGACUAUGUUAGUUUUCUAUACAAACGAAUGGAUCCUCUUUCUGAGGAAGAACGUUUACAGCCUCUUAAGAAUUAUUCAGAGGCGCAGUCCUUUGAGAAUUUUGAGUUAGACGAAGCGAAAUACAAUCAGUACCGAAAAGCAAUUUGUGAAGCAUUGCUGGACAGGGUUCCUAAUGAAGAGGCAUCUAUGAUUACCACGGUAUUAGUGGUUGUUGGUGCAGGGCGUGGGCCUCUUGUGCGGGCAUCAUUAAAGGCAGCUGAAGAAACAGGGCGGAAGCUCAGAGUUUUUGCUGUGGAAAAGAAUCCAAAUACAGCUAUUGGACUUAAUUUAAUUAAACUUGAGAACAUAAGGAACAAGUUAAAAGAUGAUAAAUCUGAUAUGUCUGAUAAUCUUUUUGUCGAUCUUGCAUUGAGUAAACUAUCUGCUGAAUAG